AUGCAACAAAACCAGCGCCUAAAAAGUGACUGCUCGGGCACAGCUUCCCGCCCCUCCGCCCUGGAGGCGCUUGGCCUCCGGCCGCGCUCGGCCCCGGCGCUGCUCCUCCCCUCCACGGCUCAUUUAGCAGAGGCGCUCGGGGGCCCAGGAUAUCCACAGCCGCCCGCCGAGGCGGAGGCGGCGGCGGAGUCGGCGGAGAGGGAGCUCCUUCACCAGGCCAAGGACCUCGGCGGCUAUCUAUUUAACUUUGCGACUGCCGCUACAAAAAAGAUAACUGAAUCAGUUGCUGAAACUGCACAAUCGAUAAAGAAAUCCGUAGAAGAAGGAAAAAUAGAUGACAUCAUCGAUAAGACCAUUAUAGGAGAUUUUCAUAAGGAACAGAAAAAGUUUGUUGAGGAACAGCAUACAAAAAAAUCAGAAGCAGCAGUGCCCCCAUGGGUUGAUAGUAAUGAUGAAGAAACAAUUCAGCAACAAAUUUUGGCCUUAUCUGCUGACAAGAGGAACUUCCUUCGUGACCCUCCCAUCGGCGUGCAGUUUCAAUUUGACUUUGAUCAGAUGUACCCUGUUGCCCUGGUCAUGCUCCAAGAAGACGAACUGCUGAGCAGGAUGAGAUUUGCCCUUGUUCCUAAACUUGUGAAGGAAGAAGUGUUUUGGAGGAACUACUUUUACCGUGUGUCCCUGAUCAAGCAGUCAGCCCAGCUCACAGCCCUGGCCGCCCAGCAGCAGGCCUCUGGAAAAGAGAAGAGCCAUGGCAGAGAGGAUGCUUUGCCACUGACAGAGGCAGUACGGCCCAAAACGCCACCUGUCGUAAUCAAAUCUCAGCUUAAAACUCAAGAGGAUGAAGAGGAGAUCUCUACCAGUCCAGGUGUUUCUGAGUUUGUCAGUGAUGCCUUUGAUGCCUGUAACUUAGAUCAGGAGGAUCUGAGGAAGGAUAUGGAGCAACUGGUGCUUGACAAAAAACAGGAGGAGACAACCGUACUAGAAGAGGAUUCUACGGAUUGGGAAAAAGAACUGCAGCAGGAACUUCAAGAAUAUGAAGUGGUGACAGAAUCAGAGAAACGAGAUGAAAACUGGGAUAAGGAAAUAGAGAAAUUGCUGCAGGAGGAAGAUUAACUGUUGACUGAAAUAAGUCCUUAACAUUCUGUAACUGAUAUUAAAUUCUAGCUGGUAAAACUUGCUCAAUCAAAAGGCACAAAAAAGUAUAACAAGUAUUCUUUUUUCACGUUGAAACUUGCCUCUUUUAAAAAUAUAUAGAGCAGUUAUUCUAAUAAUCAGAAAGGGAUGUUUUAUGUAAUAUUUCUUUAAUAUAAAUCUAGUUAGAGAUGUUCUUAUAGUCAGUGUGGAUAUCUUAGUCACAGAAACACAAGUAAAAUUUUAGAGUACUGUUUUCCUUGCGGUCAAAAACAUAUUCUUCGAUUGUGGUUUUCUAGACAUUUGUACUUCUUGUUGCACUUUUGUUGAUACAUGUAUGUUAAAGUAUUUAAUGGAUUGAUAACUAUCAAAAUGACCAAAUUGUACCAAAGAACUUAAGAGGAAGCACUUUCGAAACU